AUGGAAAGGCAUGAUUCGAGCUAUUCAAGUUGUUCUGAAGAAUCCUCACACAGCUCGAUGUCAAGAGAAUCCUCAUGCUCUACCACAAAGUCAGUGAUACAAUCAAGCACAAUAGAUUCAGAAUCGACUCAUAAAAACCAAAGUGAAAUGGAUGAAUUUCUUCGCCGAAAUACUGAUUUUGCUACAAGAUUGGGGUUUUCUGUAGAGCAGUUAAAAAUUGUGUUGGAAAAGCUAGGAACAAAUGCUGGACAGGAUGAGAUUCUCACUGAGUUGAUCAAAUUUGGAAGAGGAUUUAGUAGAUCACGAAUUACUGCAAGCAAUCAAACUAAUGUAAUAUUGCCUGUACAGUUUCGUAGUAUUGUCAUCGAUGGUUCUAAUAUUGCCAUGACGUUCGUUCAUCUUAGAAUUUUUACUCAAUAAUU